GCAGCAGCCCUGCUCAGCCUGGGGCCCUCCCUGACCUGCAGUGGCCGGGGCACGGGGCGGCACACUUGUCACCGAAGGCCCAGCACAGCCUCUCUGCGUGGCUCCCUGAUUUCCCUGUGCGGGAGCAGCCGUCACUGGCACCGGAGCCGAGUGUGGCUACCCAUCGGGCUGUGUGACCUUGGGUGAUCUCAUCAACCCCUCUGAACCCAGUUUCCUUCCCUUGAAAUCCAGGCCUUUUGGGUCUCUGUGCCCCCUUCCCAUCGCUCACCUCUAGGCCCAACCUUGGGGCCCAGGUCCCUUUAUGGGCGGGGCAAAGGGCGGAGCUUGGCAAAUAUGGGAGAAAUGAAUUAGCAAGCUUAAAGGCAGACUGACUAGCUUUGCGGCCUAAGAGAUCUUUGAACUCCAAGAGACUGCCCACAAGCUUUGGUGAGAUGUGUAUUUAGAGUUCGCUGCGGUUUCCUAAGGUGUCUGUGACCCACCAACGACCAGGAGCCAGGAGCUCUGGGGACCGCAGCAGCCUCCAUGCAGUCUCUGUGUCCUGGCCUGCCCUGGUCUCCAUCUCCUUGGGUCAUUCAGGGGUGGGAAUUUUAGGGAUCAGCCAGUAGGGCCACAUAUGCCAAGUGCUGGAGUCUAAGAAACAGUGUGGUGGGGGGGGGGGGCAUGAUACCUACUGCCAGCACAGGAUCACUGGGUGGCCAGAGUGAGCAGUGCUCAGGAGGAAGCCUUCCUGGAGGAGGAGGAGGAAGAGAAGCAAGAGGAGGAAGAGCAGGUGGAGGCUGGCUCCUCCAGUGAGGGCUGGCAUUUGUGGGCUCUACGUUAGGCACUAGAGUGGACCAUGGCUUCUCCGAUCCUGCUGCUAUUGCUGCUACCAUCCCUGGGGGCCAGCUAUUCCCUGGGCAGGGAUCUUUCCAGGCCCCUUGAAGACACAGAACCCUACCUUGUCCCCGUAGCCCACAAUGAGCACCCUGUGGACUCAGAAACCCAAGCCUCUGGCCUCCUGUGGUGGAGCCGCACACACUUUGACAGCCUCCAGGGCCCUGCUGCAGUUGCCCAGAGGCCUGCAGACUCUACCCUAGGCCCUGCCCUGCCUGGACCCCAUGCAGCCCCUGGGGCUCUGGGAGUGCAGCUCCCUAUGAGGGACAACCUCCAGCUCGCCCAGAGGCCCAGCUCCCAGGGCUGGAUGGGACCCCCAGAUACCCAAGGCCCUUGGGAGCAAGACACCUUUGCCCCCCUCCCAGCAGGCGCCUCCCACCUCACGGUUACCCCCAUACCUCCCAGCCUUCAAGUCAGGCCAGCCACACUGCCUCCUGCUCCCCAGGAGCCCCAAGGCCCAGCAAGGCAGCAUCCUUCUAGAGAUCGGGAUCCCAAGGCCAAAUCUAAGACCAGAGCUCCACCAGCUUCUCCCCUGGACCCCCAGGGCCCUCAUCAUACUCUCAUGCCACACACAGGUGCUGUCAGGGAGCGAGUCCUGGGAGGACAGGCUGGGCAUGAGGGUGAUUUCAAGGAGGCAGCCCAAGGCCUCCAAGUUACCCAGGACUCAGUAGCCCCCAGUGCCGACUCCAGUUCCCCAGCUGACCCCAGCAUCCAGCCAGACCUGGCCUUGGCCAGAAGACUUCCUCCUGCUGAGGAGCUGCCACCUGAGCCCCGAGAGAAGACCAGUGCUGGAGACACCUGGGACAUCAGUUCUUUGGGCCCCUGGCCCAAACAGAUGGACCUUCCUGACGUCGAGGGUUCCCAGGAACUUCAGCCCACACACACUGCAGCCUCUGAAGCUCUGGAUGGGCAACUGAAGCCAGAGACGGCAGCAAUGAACGGAGCAGACCCCAUCUCCCCACAGCGGGUGAGAGGAGCAGUAGGGGCCCCGGACACGUCCAAGUCUCUCGUCCCCAGCACCUCAGACCCUGGCCUGGCUAUAAAUGGAACUGAGAGCCCUCUGAGGGGCCUGCAGCCAGAUAAAGCCGAGGAAUGGCCUGGGUGGCCCCAAAGCCAUCCCCCAGCACCCCCAGUGCAGGCCCCCUCAACAUCUCGCCGAGGCCUCAUUCGAGUCACCACACAGCGAGCCCUGGGCCAGCCGCUCCCUCCAGAGCCCUCGGCGAGCUCCACGGCCUCUGCCCCGGUUUCCAGCCCCCCAGCCAACGCCACUGCACCCCCCCUGCGCUGGGGACCCCUACGGCAAGUGCUGAGCUUUUCCUGGGAGCUGCACGUCUACGGGGUGGGGGUGCUCUUCCUGCUGCCCGCUUUAUUAGCUCUCGCCACACUGGCUGCAGCCCUAGCGGGACCCCGACUAGCACUGGUGGCCACUGCGCUGGUGCUCCUGGCCUCUGGGCUGCGUUCAGCAUACAUGCUUACUGACCCUUACGGUUCGCAGGCGCGGCUAGGCGAGCGCACGGGCCUGGUGCUCUACAACCUGCCCUUCCCCUUGCUGCUCACAGCUCUGGCAGCCCUGACCUUGCUCGGCCUGGGUGCGGGGUUGCCGCCAAUGCUGCAGAAGCCACCACUGCUGGGGUCCUUGGCCCUGGUGCACGGUGCAGGACUGCUGGCCGCCGACCUGUUGUCAGCGCGGCCCGUGCUCAACCUCCUGGUGCAGGGCCUGUCAUGCGCCUGGGGCGCAUCCGUGGCCCUGGGCACGCUCUGCCUGUGCCGGCGCCGCCUGCUGGACGCGCCGCGGGGCUGGGACCCCAGCCCUGGCCCGCGCCUGCUGGCUGUGGCGGGCUCGCUGGGGCUGCUGGCCAGCGGCCUGCAGCUGGCGGCCUCACUCUGGCUGUAUCCGGGCCCUGGCCGGGUGGGCCGCUUCUCGUGGGCCUGGUGGGGUGUGCACUUCUGGCUGCGUCUGCUGGAGUUGACCUGGGCGCUGGCACUGGCGCUGUCAGCCAUGGCCGCUGCGCGCCCCUGGCCGCCCACCGAGCACGCCUGCUGGGCGAAGCUGCUGCGCCUGGCGUGCCCUGUGCCGCCGAGCAAGAGCGAGGUGCCUGAGCGUCCCAACAACUGCUACGCGGGGCCCAGCGGCCUCGGUCAGGCUGGGCUGGACAUCAGCAAGAGCCUCAUCCGCAACUCGGGGGAAGGGGGCCCGCCCGCCACGCCCAGCUCUGGCGCCUGGGGUUCAGCUGCAUCGCUGGGCCGCGCAGCCCCUGGUGGCCCGGGACGGUCCUGCAGUAGCAUGGGACCGGCGCCGUCACUGAGCGAGCUGGACCUAAGGCCGCCAUCGCCUAUCAACCUGAGUAGAAGCAUCGACGCCGCGCUCUUCCGUGAGCAUCUGGUGCGGGACAGCGUGUUCCGGCGCUGCGGCCUGCAGAACCUGACCUCCCAGCCGCCCGGGGGCGCGCUGCGGGUCCGCCGGGGCAGCCAGCACGACGCUGAGCCCAACACAGGGUGCACGCUGCUCCGCACUCGCUGCCGCUCCUUCAGCGAUGUGGGAGGCCAAGGACCAAAGGGCGCGGCGGACCAGGCGGGCCAGGCUGCAGCCUCUGGCAGCUCCCUGGACAGCUUCUCCCGGGGUUCGCUCAAAAUAAGCUGGAACCCAUGGCAGCACGGACUGUCUUCGGUGGACAGUCUACCGCUGGAAGAGCUGCCCAGCACGGUGCAGCUCCUGCCCGCCCCGGCCCCGGCCCCGGCCCCGGCCCGGCAAGGGGAGUCUCAACCAGAGGUCCCGCCCGGAAGCAAAGCCGGGAACUCCCACAGCGCCUCCAGCGACACCAUCGAGCUCUGAGCCGUCCACUGAGCGCAGCCGCCAGGACAGCCAGCUUUACACACUGGCCACCAUGGCCCUAAGAGCCAGAUGGGAACCCACUUCAGCUUUUGUUUUUAAAAUCUACUUUUUUCAAUCAAGUAUUCUGCAUAGGGCCGUGACUUACACGGAAUACAGGGUGGCAGGGCAUGGAUUUGGGCAUGGGCAACAGGGUCCACACUUCCCAGAAUGGAGGGAGGAACAGUGCUUGUCCCAACUGUCUCUUGUGCCAAAGAAAUAAACCUGUGAGGUUUGGCUCCUUCCUCCCACA